AUGUCAGCAUUGAUGACAGUCAUAGGCGUUGGAGAGCUAUCCGCAUUGAAUGCUAUAGCAGGCGCAUAUGCCGAAUAUGUGCCUAUUGUUCACAUUGUUGCUAAGCCAAGCACACAAGCACAAAAGAAUAGACUCUGCGUGCACCAUUCUUUGGGCGAUGGUGAUUUCACUGUCUUUGAAGAAAUGAGUCGCAAAGUCUCUUGUAUGACUGUUAACAUCGACAAUGCACAAACAGCACCAUCGUUAAUCAACGAAGCAAUCAAGACAUGUUGGAUUCAAAGUCGUCCCGUGACUAUGUUCAUUCCGUGCGACAUGGCUCUUGUGCCAAUCCCACAUCAUUUAUUAAACGAACAACCUGUCCUGGAUCGGACAAUGCCCCAGGACGACAUGGUUGAGCACCGACGCGUGGUAGACGCAAUGGUCGACGAAAUACAACAGGCUACCAAUCCUGCAAUACUAGUCGGAGGAUACGGAAUUCUCCAUGGCCCAAAACAGCAAUUAGACGAGUUUCUGCAUCAUCUUGAAGUUCCUGUACUUGUCGCAGCCUCGGGUCUAGGGAUUGUCGAUGCGAGCCUUCCACACUUUGCUGGGCUGUAUGUCGGCUCAUGUUCGACUUCGCAUGUUCUUAAUGUCAUGAAAACAGUUGAUCUAGUUAUCUGCGUCGGCAAUAUUCAAUCGGAUCUUAGCACAUCCGGUUUCAGUGGGAUCGUUGAUCAUACGAGAUUGAUUGAGAUUCAGAGAACAAGGACCACGGUAAAGGGCCAACCGUUUGAAGGAGUCUAUGCGAGCAAUGUCUUAAGCGCAUUAACCCUUUCGAUUGGUAAAGGUUCAUUGCGAGCGAACACCUCUACAGCGAAGAAAAUUGUUUGUGUUGAUAUCAGCCAUCAGCGCCAGUGUCUCACCAGCGUUGAUACCAACACGAGCGAAAAGCAAUUUUCUGCGAAAAGCAUAGCCGGAUAUAAAUCUGGAUAUCCACUCUUGUCAUGCUUUCGGGAAUUUUCCGCUUUUCUCAAUAAUCUGUGGCCCAAUCCUUCACGGUCGUCCGAAAUUAUGACCGAAAAGCAAAGCCCUAUUACACACGACUGGUUUUGGAUGAAUCUUGGGAAAUGGCUGAAGCGAGGAGAUAUUGUUCUUACAGAAACAGGGACAUCAAGUUUUGGGAUAUGGAAUACGACCCUUCCCCAUGACGCUAUAUUCAUUGCCCAGUACCUAUGGUCCAGCAUUGGGUACACUAUAGGCGCAUGUCAAGGAGCCGCGCUGGCAGCUCGGGAUUCCGACAACAAGCACAGACGAACAAUUCUCUUCAUUGGAGAUGGCAGCUUCCAGUGUGGAUGCCAAGAACUAAGUACUAUUAUUCGCAAUUGUCUGAGACCUAUGAUGUGA